CCGGAUCAGCAGAGCAGGACUGAGCGAGUCAGCGUGCUACGGUCUGCUGCAGGAGCAGGAGACGCAGACAAGAUCGCUGUGGACUAACUUGCAUCUCUACUUUAAUCCUCCCAGGAGAUGAAAUCCGUGUUUUAACCUCGUGGAAAACUCCAAUCCAGUCCAAGAUGACGGUGGAUUUUGAGGACUGCAUUAAAGAUUCCCCCCGGUUUAGGGCAAAUAUUGAUGAGGUAGAAACAGAGGUGGUGGAGAUCGAGGCAAAACUAGAUAAGCUGGUGAAGCUAUGCAGUGGAAUGAUCGAAGCAGGAAAGGCCUAUGUCAGCGCCAACAAGCUCUUUGUCAACGGCAUCCGGGAUCUGUCUCAGCAGUGCAAGAAGGACGUAAUGAUCUCGGAGUGCUUGGAAAAAUGUGGGGAAAGCCUGCAAGAGAUCAUAAACUACCACAUGAUCCUGUUUGAUCAAGCCCAGCGGUCUGUAAAGCAACAGCUGCACAAUUUUGUGAAAGAGGACGUUCGAAAAUUCAAGGAGACAAAAAAGCACUUUGACAGGGUGCGUGAGGACAUGGAAAUAGCACAGGUGAAGAACGCUCAGGCACCCAGGAACAAGCCUCACGAGGUCGAAGAAGCCACUAGCGCGCUGAGCAUCACCCGCAAGUGCUACCGACACCUCGCUCUGGACUACGUGCUACAGAUCAAUGUACUUCAGGCAAAGAAGAAAUUUGAGAUCCUAGAUGCUAUGCUGUCAUUUAUGAACGCCCAGUACUCGCUGUUCCAGCAGGGCUACAACCUGCUGGAUGAGAUCGACCCCUACAUGAAGAAGUUGGCUGCAGAGUUGGAUCAGCUGGUGAUUGAUUCAGCCAUGGAGAAGAGGGAAAUGGAGCACAAACAUGCAACGAUUCAGCAGAGGACCCUCAUGCAGGACUUUUCCUAUGACGAAUCGAAGGUGGAGUUUAACGUGGAUGCUCCUAAUGGUGUGGUGAUGGAGGGCUACCUGUUCAAGAGGGCCAGCAAUGCGUUUAAGACCUGGAACAGACGGUGGUUCUCCAUACAAAACAGUCAGCUGGUCUAUCAGAAGAAGCUCAAGGAUUCUCUGACGGUGGUAGUGGAGGACCUCCGGCUAUGCUCUGUUAAACCAUGCGAGGACAUCGAGAGGAGGUUCUGCUUUGAAGUCGUCUCCCCCUCCAAGAGCUGUAUGCUUCAGGCUGAGUCUGAGAAGUUAAGACAUUCGUGGAUUCAGGCUGUUCAAGCUAGCAUCGCUUCAGCCUACAGAGAGAGCCCAGACACGUACUACAUAGAGCAUCUGGACAGAACAGCCUCUCCAUCCACAAGCAGCAUCGAUUCAGCCAGUGAGCCACGGGAGCGCAGCGCCCGGGGCGAGACCAUCCUGCAGCGGAUCCAGUGUCUGCCGGGGAACGAGCAGUGCUGCGACUGCGGUCAGGCCGACCCUCGCUGGGCCUCAAUCAACCUCGGCAUCCUGCUGUGCAUCGAGUGCUCCGGCAUCCACAGGAGUCUUGGAGUUCACUGCUCAAAGGUGCGCUCACUCACGCUGGACUCGUGGGAACCAGAAUUAUUAAAGUUGAUGUGUGAACUCGGAAACAGCGUCAUCAACCACAUCUAUGAAGGCUCCUGCCAAGAAAAAGGUCUUAAGAAACCAUUACCAUCCAGCUCAAGGCAAGAAAAAGAGGCCUGGAUUAAGGCAAAAUAUGUAGAGAAGAAAUUCUUGAAGAAGCUGGGCUCCACUGAGAUACUCAUCAACGGGGAGAGGAAAUCGGAGCGGCGGUGGAGUGUGAAGAAAUGCCGAAGACACAACAGCGCUACGACGGUGCCCAAAACACGGCGGAGAUACCGACAGGAGCCUGGAAACACCUCCCCCUCCACCUUCUCCUCAGCAGCUGCUAAGUUCAGACGAGAAUCUCUGUUCUGUCCCGAUGAGCUGGACUCCCUCUUCUCCUACUUUGAUACAGGAUCUGGGCCUCGAAGUCCGGCAGGUCUGAGCAGCGACAGCGGGUUGGGAGGCAGUACAGACGGCAGCACAGACAUCCUGGUGUUUGGCUCAGUAGUGGACAGCGUCACAGAGGAGGAGUGUGAGGUGUCCGAGGACUCGAGCGGAGAGGCUGAGCUGGAGGCCGAGCCAGAGACGUCAGACCUGGAGGACCUAAGGGAUCUUCAUCCCGGAGCCCUGCUCUAUAAAGCCUCGAAAGCUCGUAACCUCCCCGUCAUGGCUGCAGCGCUAGCUCAUGGAGCUGAUGUCAAUUUAGUAAACGAGGAAGACGAAGGAAAAACGCCCCUCAUGCAGGCUGUGAUCGGGGGCUCAUUGAUUGCCUGUGAGUUUCUGCUCCAGAACGCUGCUGACGUCAACCAAAGAGACGCGAGAGGGAGGGGGCCCCUGCAUCAUGCCACGUAUCUGGGACACACGGGGCAGGUGUGUUUAUUCCUCAAACGAGGAGCUACACAGAACGAUGGUGACGAGGAUGGCCAGGAUCCGCUGAGUAUAGCUGUGCAGCAAGCCAACGCAGAUAUAGUCACGCUGCUGCGUCUUGCCCGGAUGAACGAUGAGAUGCGGGAGUCAGAAGGACCCUUUGGACAGCCAGGAGACGCCACGUACCUUGACAUCUUCCGAGAAUUUUCGCACAUGGCUUCCCACAACCCAGAAAAGCUGAAAAGAAGGAGUUUGCACUUCCGACACUCCUUCAGGUAGUCCUUCAAGAGUCGAGAGAGGGAGAAAAUACUUGAAAAAUGCAGCUUUCCAAACAUUCACCACAGCUGGAUUUCAAUGAGAGGUGACCCUGAGGAGGAGCCUGAUGCUGCUGAAUAAAUUCAGCCAUCACAGUAUACUAUACAGUAAGUUUAUGCAUUUUUUGUAGCUUUCUCUGUGUAUUCCACAGAGAAAGCUACAAAAAAUGCAUAAAUAAAUAAACGUCACAUUUAAAGUUCAUUAAAGUGAAGAAAUUAAUGCAUUUUAGUUCAGUUACAACUUUUAUUUUGAUAGGGUUUUGUUCUAUGAGGAUCUGCUGGUCUUUUCCUCUCAAAUAUAUAUGUGUAUAAAUACAUUGUUAGUUGAGCACUUGUUUUGUAUGAACCAUCAUUUCUUUGCUGAUUCAUUACAUCAAUACUUUCCAGUAUGUUUGAUUGUAUAUGUACUGCAUGCAUGUACUCCUAUUAUAUUUCAAGGAUAAGAAAUUUAAUAUCAUUAGUUAUUAUCAUCUUGAUAAGCAGUUUUGAUCUGAAACAUGUUCUCUUUUUCCUUUGUUUUUGCAUCGACUAUGCUGGUGUAGUCUUGGUGAUGUAUUUUUGUCUACUGUGGUGUACCACUAUAAAACGCAGUGCUUCUGAUGCUGUAAACAAGCUGUAGAGACAAAAAUAAAAAUGCUAAUAUAUCUGAAAAGGCAAGAUGAGAGAUGGAUGGAAAUAAACAUCGUCUG